AGUUUGACAUUUUAUGUGUGUCUAUUAUUUUUCUUAUCAGUGUCCUGAAAUUCUGCAUCUAAAUAAAAUUGAAAGGUGAACAACUUUUUUGUAAGUAUAAAUCUAUACAAAUUCAAUUUUAUUAAGAUAUAUUUGUGUAUUAACACAUUCAGUAUGUCCAGAAAAAGCGUGUUUGAUAUAGAAAUGCAUUUAGUUGGUAUUUCAGAUGUAGUAUAUAACUAUUAAUUUAAAUAUUUGAUAGCACAUUAUCAAGACAAUUAUCUGAUGGAAGAGAAUCAAAAGGCUCAAAAAUUUAUACCAGGUCCUCCACAACUUCCCCCUUUGUAUAAAGGGCAGAAGAUAAAAACAGGACCAUACACUACUACAGUUACAGAUGAAAUGGUAGCACAAAGGGAAAGGGAGAACGAACAAUUAUAUAGAGCUUGGCGUGAACAACAACGAAGAAGAGCAAUGGCGCCAGAUGAUGAUGAUUCAGAAUAUAUGGGCGACUUUAAAGAUGACACAGUGAGAAGAAGUUUUAUUAGAAAAAUUUUCUGUAUAUUAACAAUUCAAUUACUAUUUACCUCUGGCAUCAUUGCAGUCUUUUUGUUUGUGGAUGCUGCUAGAAAAUUUAUGAUAAUUCAUUGGUAUAUGUGGAUUAUAGCUAUGAUAUGCUUCACCAUUUCUUUUUGCACUAUAUCUAUAUCUGAAAGAGCUAGACGCAAUCCACCUUUCAAUUAUAUAUGGCUAACUAAAUUGACACUUUCUAUGUCAUAUUUAGCUGCUUUUGUAUCAGUCUUUUUAGAAGUUGAAGUAAUAUUGAUGGCAUUAGGUAUGACAACUUUAAUUACAUUAGGAAUAGGUCUUAUCGCAACAUUUUCUAAGUUUGAUUUGACAAUGAGAACAGGACUGUUGAUGAUCUUUGGACUGGCUUCUAUUGUUUCAAUUUUUGUGAUAAUGAUAGUUCUGCUAUUUACAUAUAUAAGAGUAUUACAUAUAAUAAUCUCAGUUAUAGGAAUGAUUUUAUUAUCAAUGGUUAAUAUAGAAUUAAUAUAUAUAUUGAAAAUAUUAUUUAAUUUCAACAUAAUAUAUCAUACUCUAAGAAAAGAUAUUUCAAACAUAAAAGGUCAUUAUUAUAUGUUUUCUAGUACUUGUAUUUUGAUGUGCAAACAAUUAUGGGUGGAAGAAGAAUAGAAUUAAGUCCGGAUGAAGUUGUAUUUGCAACGGCACAAAUUUAUGUUGACAUAGUACUAUUAUACCAAUACGUGUUAUUGUUUAUGGGUAUGAUGUAUCAUCGAUAAAUAUUAAGGAUAAAUUUACAUUAUGUCAUUAAGAAUAACCUAUUCUUAUUAUAGCAGUAAUAUUUUAGAUACAGAUUUGAAUAUCAAUAAAUAAAUGUAUGUGAGAUAUUACACAAUAGAAUUGAAAACUAUUUUCUUUUUUAUGA